AUGGCGGCGCGGCACGAACCGACUUCGCUAUGGUGGCCCGAGGAGAGAAUCAAAUCGACUGUGAAUGGCAAAUAUGUGACCAAUCACCUCCCUCCAGUAGACCACUCAAGACUGUUGGAUCUCCCGCGCUGGGGAGAGGGGCUGACCAGCGAUACAUACUUGGACUGGAUUCUCUUCAAGGCAACACGUCUCUUUUUGAUUCUCAGCGAUAUCGGGGUUCCGGAGCGGAUCUUCGCCCUGGUUGAUGAGUCUCUCGAUGAUGACAAUCUGCCUAUUGCAGGAGAUAAAGUUCAUCUACUCCACCUCUCUUCGGACGGAGGAAAUUCUUCACUGAAUGCCAAAUUUCUGCGGGCUCAAUGGCGAUUCCUUGUCCGAGGGAUUGCCGAGGGCGAGCAUGUAACAUACACGGAGAAAGAAGGCGUCCCUGUGGAGAUAAUGCGUGGUGGAAACAGCGCGGGGAUGCAAGGUCGUGAUGAUGAAGUCGACCAUAUUGUGCUGGCCGGCGCCGUAUGUCGCGUGCUUCUCCGAUCAGAAGUGCAGAUCGGUGUCGAACCGCACUUCUUCAAGACAGAGGAGGUGCUGGAGGAAAUUCGAUCAUUGCGGCAGCUGGCUCAUGAGCAUAUCACUUCUGUGUAUGCUUCAUAUUUCGUCGACAGCACAAUCUGUACGCUCUUCACUGGCGCAACGGCAGAACGCACACUGCACAGUUUCUUAACGGACGAGCCCCAAUCCUUCAAAAAGUUACCAAAAGAGCGCCGUCGAGAGAUACUGAUUACCUGGCCGCACUGCUUAGUAUCGGCAUUGACUUGGCUGCACGCUCAUGGCCAACCUCACGGUGCCAUUUACCCUUCCAACAUCCUUGUCGACCCUAUGUUCCAUAUCAGCCUCGGUCAAUUCCAGGCUCUUGACUCACUUCUCGAACCUCCUCGAGUCCACGAACUCGAGGUGUACAACUACUCUCCACCCGAGCGUUGGGUGCGGACCACCACCCAGGUCCAGCAGCCUACCACACCAGCCCGUACGGUGCUCCCAUCUGGAGGCCGAACAGCACGACGAAAACGGUCUACGAAAUCUACCUUGGCGUCGCUGAACGAAAGCCCUCCUUCUUCACCUGACCUGUCACGGCCGGACUCGGCCGCCUCCAAAGGAACUGCUAUCCGCGUAGGGUUGCCUAUCUCAUCAUCGCGGUCCUCCUUUGCACCCUCCACGUCUUCAUCCUCGUCUUCAACGUACUCCGGUACGAUCGUGAACAACGAGGGAUCAAAACAGCAUCGCAGAUCCAGUCUGAUGCAGGGACCCAGACCCCGUCUAUCAAUUGCGUCGAUGGCUUCAUCAAACUCCUCCUCCUUGCCGUCUUCUUCAUCUUCUUCAUCAUCGAUACGAUCCUCUUGCGCUCCCGCAGGACAUCCUACCAACCCAGUCCUAAGUACUUGGAAAUCACAGCAGACAACUCCCCUCCCAUCAGAUAUCUUCUCCAUCGCGGCCAUAACCCUCGACAUCCUCACGCACCUCUGCAAAAGAUCUCUCUCAUCAUUCGCAUCCCACCGCAGCGCCCGCAACCGUUCGGCCGGCCGGGGCGGGGGCAUCGCGGACGCAUCUUUCCAUCUAUCACGCAAUGCCGUGCAGAUCCAGUCGUGGAUUGCUUUGCUGGAAGGCGAUGCCAGAAAGCGUUGUCGUCGCAAGCGAGCCAGCGAUGAUGUCUUCUGGGCUGUUCCUAGCAUGCUCUCCGUUGUUCGGUCGAUGCUUCAACCCGAGCCGGAGAUGAGGCCGAGCGCUAGGCGAGUGAGGAAGUGUUUUGCGGAUGUUAUUAGUCGGAUUCCUUCUGUGGAUGGGACAGAUGGUGUAUCUGUGCAUUGUGUAUCGGUGACAGAAUCUACGGUACAGAAGAAGAGCAAGGUGAAAAACAGCCAUCCUGGCAAAGAGAACGAUAUUGAGACACACAAUACUGCCCACGUCAAUGAUAUAUCGACUCUACCCUCCCCCAUGUCAGAAUUCGAUUUUGGGUUCUCUGAUGAUUUAAGUGGCAGCGACAUAAGUCUCAGCCACUCAGCUGGCUCUUCAUCGUUCGUGAAACAGAACCGGGUUCUAGUUGGAUACCUGCCUGGGGAGAACUGA